AUGCAGUAUGUUGGAAGAGCCCUCGGUUCUGUCUCCAAGACUUGGUCCUCCAUCAAUCCAUCAACAUUAUCAGGUGCCAUAGAUGUCAUUGUAGUGGAACAACCAGAUGGAACAUUGGCAUGCUCUCCCUUCCAUGUAAGAUUCGGUAAAUUCCAAAUAUUAAAGCCAUCGCAAAAGAAAGUGGAGGUAAUUGUUAAUGAUAAAUCAACAAAUAUUCCUAUGAAAUUGAGCGAAUCUGGUGAAGCAUAUUUUGUCUUUGAAACUGGUUCUGAUUUGGGUAAUAUACCUUCUGAAUUAUUAGCAUCCCCUGUGUUGAGUGCAACCAGUAGUCCUCCUCAAUCUCCUCGUUCAACAAAUUUGGAUGCAAACAUGAACGAUAUUUCACAUGCAAACAGAGAAGAUCAAUCAAUAGAACAUACAAGUUUAACGCCACUGUCAAAUGAAGAGGUCGAUGCUCAUGAAUUGAAGGAAGAAAAAAAGAAAUUAGAAGAACCUGAUUUUUUAGAUAUCAAUGCCUCACCAGAUUCUAAACCAACCAAGACAAGAUUAUUCCAAGAAAAUCUAACUAGAAAAUUAACACAAAUCCAUAUCCCAAGUAAAGUAGAAAAUAAUGGUGAUUUACUCUUAGACAUAGAAGGGUAUAAACCUAAUCAAAACAUGAUGCAUGAUACAGAUAUGCAAUUGAAACAAUUAUUAAAGGAUGAAUUAGGUAACGAAUCUGAUAUAUCCAACUUUAUAAAAGAAGAUAAUAACGGUAACAUAAGAAUCGUAAAUCCAUAUGAAAACGGGUUGGCAGCGGAUUUAUGCAGUUCACCAAACAAUCAUCCACCACAUAUUGGUUCAAGCGAACCAAAUUUAUCCUUCCAUCCAUCAUCAUCCCCUGAAUCAAUGGAAUCUGUAGAGUCUGUAGCAGAUAAAAUGGAUGAUCUUAAUAACAUAGAUACUUCAACAACUACCGCUACAUCCACUCCUAGUGAAUUAACCGAGCAGAAUUUAGCGAGAAACGAAGAUACACAUUUCAUUAGAACUAUAAGGCUGACAAGUGAACAGCUACGAUGUCUUGAUUUGAAAUAUGGUGAAAACGACCUUAAAUUUUCCAUCGAUCAUGGGAAGGCCAUAGUAAGGGCCAAAUUAUUCGUAUGGAGAUGGGAUGUCCCCAUUGUUAUCAGUGAUAUUGAUGGAACCAUUACAAAAUCAGAUGCAUUGGGUCAUGUUCUUGCUAUGAUCGGCAAAGAUUGGACUCAUAUUGGUGUAGCUAAAUUAUUCAGUGAGAUUGCUAGAAAUGGGUAUAAUAUUUUGUAUUUGACUGCAAGAGGCGCAGGCCAAGCUGAUUCAACGAGAAGUUAUCUUAGAUCAAUUUAUCAAAAUAAAAAUUCAUUACCUGUGGGGCCCGUGAUCUUAUCACCCGAUAGAACUAUGGCGGCCUUAAGAAGAGAAGUGAUAUUGAAAAAACCUGAAGUCUUCAAGAUUGCAUGUCUGAAUGAUAUUAGAUCGUUAUAUUUCGAUGGAGAACUAGAAAAGAAUAAGGACCAUGAACAUACAUUAUCUGAAGAGAAAAAUGAACAACAAGAUCCUGUAUUACCAAAUCCUCAAGCGGAUGAAAAACCUACACCAUUUUUUGCAGGAUUUGGGAAUAGAAUUACGGAUGCCUUAUCAUAUAGAACAGUUGGUAUUCCUAGUUCAAGAAUAUUUACCAUCAAUCCGGAAGGUGACGUUCAUAUGGAACUAUUGGAAUUGGCAGGAUAUAGAAGUUCAUAUAUCCAUAUUAAUGAAUUAGUCGAUCAUUUUUUCCCUCCAGUCAACAUUACCGAUGAUGAACUGAGAAGUGUCUCCUCUUUUACACCCGGAUCUCCAGGGAAUAAUACAUUAGAUAAUUUAGAAAAUGGUAGUAAUAUGGACACCAACAAAUCAUUUUUCAGAAGUAAUCAAGAAGAGAAGUUUACAGAUGCUAACUUUUGGAGAGAACCAUUGCUAGAUCUGGAUGACUUAUCUGAUAUUAGUGUCUAUACCGACGUUCAAGAAAAUACUAGAACAGACAACAAAAAGAAAACGGCUAAUUUAGAAUCUAAAGAACCAAAUAUCAAUAGAAAAGAUCAAUCAGUCUACAAUCAUGACCAGCCUAUAUCAACACCGAAAAAAUCAUUGAAUAAAACUAAAGAAGAUAUCGGGAAACAGAUUUAUCUUGAAUUAGGAUCUCCCUUAACAUCACCUAAGAUGAGUUCGAUAGAUACCACUAACGUUGAUAAUAGACUGAAAAGAUUGUCUCUCUCCCGACCGGCGCUCCCCAUUUCUGGAGUUUCGAAAGUUAAUGUACUGGACGACAUUCAUUCUAUUGACGAUGGCAUACAGACGGAUAAUAAUGCAUUUUAUGCAUCCGAUGAAGAUGAAGAUGACGAUAAUGAAGAUGAUGAUGAAUUUGAUGAAGACGAAUUCAUGGAUUGA